CAAGGCAACUGGAAGAGCAGAAUCUGCUUCUUGCUGGGCUGAGACGGUGCCGUGGAAGCGUUGUGGGUGUCUGGAGAGAGGUGCCAUCUGGAGCACGCCUCUCCGUGUGCAGGGAUCUCUUCUGAAGGGUAUUGGGUCAGGUUUGGCUCCCUGCCUUGCUGAGCCAGCAGACUUCUACUCGCUUGUUGGUUGAGGCAGAGUGAGGAAUGGUGGCCUGUGGGUGAGAAGUUCUGGUUUCCUGCAGUAUCUGACCCAUGUGAACGGCAAGAGAAGAAACCCGGGUGCUCUGCCUGGCAUCUGGGACUCCUCCAAAGAGCCUGGCCAACAGCACCGCCAGGAUGGACGGGAGGCUGCUUCUCUUCUGCUCUUUCCUGGUUCCAGUGAUCUUGGCAGAUGCGACUGAUCAAGAGAAAGAAAAGGAUCCCUUCAACUAUGACUACCAGACCCUGCGGAUCGGUGGCCUGACCUUUGCCGUGGUUUUCUUCACGCUCGGGAUCCUGCUCAUUCUGAGUAGGCGAUGCAGGUGCACCUUCAACGGGAAGCCCAGGGCUUCUGGCGAUGAGGAGGUCCAGGCUGAGAAUCUGAUUGCUUCAAAUGGUAAGGCCUUUGCCACGCCCUGCCCCACUUCGGGGAAAGCUUUCCUGGCCCUGGAAGGGGACGCCUUCUUUUUCAAAGUUGCCCUGCUUGGGGCUUUUUUCCAUUUCACAGCCAGAGAGAAACCACCCUCUCCACCAGCCCCCCUUCCCAUUUCCUCCAGCAUAAAAUCACCACAUUAUUCAGCUGAAUGGCAAAGCUCUUUCUGCAGCGAGAUCCGAGCAGCCUGGAGGGACAGUGGCACGAUGGGACCAGCUCCUUUCACCCCCACCGACGUGGCAAAAAGUUUGCCGGAGAAGGAGAAGGACGUAUUUUCUUACGAUUACGAGACCGUCCGCCACGGAGGUCUCGUCUUCGCUGUGGCGGCCUUCCUGAUCGGGCUCGCUAUCAUUUUCAGUCGGCGGUUCCGUUCCACAGCAGAACCUGAGGAAAAGGCACCUGUCCCAUUAGGAGCCCAAGCAAUGCCGUGGAUCAGUCACUGGGAAUCCUCGGCUGGGGAAACAGGGCAUUGA